GAGAGAGAUACACUAAGUACGGUGACAAUACUAAAAAAUAUCAAACAUGUUCGACACGGAAAAAUUUAUUGAAGAGAUCGAGAAAAGGCCGGCGAUCUACGAUGUGAAUCGUUGCGAGUACAACGACCGUAACGCCAAGAUGAGGGCGUGGGAAGAGGUUUGUCAGGUGAUGGUACCAAACUGGUGGCGGUUGUCUGACGAGGAGAGAAAUAUAGAAGAAAAGAGUUUGAGAGGAAAGUGGAGAAAUAUACGGGACUAUUUUAUGAAAGAGUUCAAACUACAGCUGCAGAAAUCUCUUAAACCGGAUUUGGUACGCCGGAAGCGGAAAAAGUAUAUGUACUAUGAUCAACUGCUUUUUCUCAUGCCCAUCGUUAUGGACAAACUACGGGUUACGAGUACAGCUGCAUCUAAUGUAUUCCCUAAUACAGUACAAAAUCAAAUAAAAUCAGAGGAAAGUGAAGGGGAAGUGGAUAAUCCGGUGAUAGAGGAAUCAGACGUUCCAUUAGCCCACGCUGUUCCAUCUUUAACAACUGAAAGAGAAUAUGUGCAAACUAACGAAUCUUUCAAAAUGUCUCCAUCAGCAUUCCCUGAUACAGUAAGAAAUCAAAUUAAAACAGAGGAAAGCGAAGGGGAAGGGGAUAAUCUGGUAAUAGAGGAAUCAGACGUUCCAUUAGCCCACUCUGUUCCAUCUUUAACAACUGGUAGAGAGUACGUGCAGACUAACGCAUCUUUCAAAAUGUGUCCAUUUUAUCCGAAGCAAUUAUGCGAAACAUCUUUGGCGUCAUUUGAUAAUGAGAUUCAUGAUAUCUUAUCCUCUCAUAGAGGUCAACGUGUAACAAUCGACGAGGAAGAUUACGACAAAAUGUUUUUAUUGUCAUUGUUACCAACCAUGAGACGAAUACCGGAAGAGAAAAAGUUGGACGUUCAGAUACAAAUACAGCAGGUAUUGGCAUCGACAUUACGUCCCCCGGAUGAUAAAUAAUCGACGAUGAAGAUGGUCUUUUUUUUUAUGUUUUAUUUUAUUUCAAUUCAAAGAUGAAUUACUUUACUGAUGGAAAUCUUACAAAGAUAUAUAUAUAUAUAUUUUUAUUUUUAUUUUUAUUUUUAAUUAAGAGAAAUGAAUAUUUGUGCCGAUCUUAUACCUCAUGUUUUAGAUUAACGACAAAAUGAUGUAUAAAGAAGUUAUACAUUAAUAUUUGUAUGUAUAGCUAAUGUUAUUGAGAUGCCUUAGCACGGUAUCUUGUUGUUUUUCUUCUAAUUGUAUCAAUUAUUAUUAAAAAUAAGACGAGAUAGCGUGCAAUAAGAAUACCUUUAUCUGUGAUGUUACAUUUACAGAUUAUAGAAUAUGAAUGAAAUGAAAACUUUGAAACCAUAUCGUGCUAUACGGUAUAAGAUGUAUACAAAAUAAUACAGAAAGAUAAAUAUAUCAUAUGAGCAGGGUCUUUGCGUAACGAUAUAGAAAAGUAUCAUGCUGUAUCU